GCUUUAUUGUAUAUAUGUAAAAUCUUCUAUUGGGGGAGAGCGUGCACGUAAUGCUAUUACAUGUAAACCAGAUGCAAACACGGGAGGAAUGCAGAUUUACUGAGGAUUGUAUCUUUGUUGGUUUUGAUAUUUAUAUGAUGCUCCAAGAAUUUUACAUGUUCAUCAUUGAACUGGCACAUUUGUGCAGCAAAGGAAGAACCGUUUCUAUGAGUGCCUCUCGCCCGUUACACUGUGAUGGGAAAGAUAAUAACAGCAAAAAAGGUUCAAAGAGAAUGGCGUAUGAGGUGUUUCUGGGUGGAUCCUGUAAUCCAACCACGUGGAGAUCAGAAAUAGCGAUACCGACUCUACAGAGCCUCGGGAUUACUUAUUACAAUCCCCAAGUGUCACAAUGGGGUCCGGAACUGAUAGCUCAAGAGUACGAAGCGAAACAGACGGCGAAAGUAUUACUAUUCGUGAUCGAUAAUCAGACGCGGAACAGUGCAGGCAUCAUUGAAGCAGCUCAGUUGGCAGCUACACGUCGCGAGUCUUUAAUCCUUGUGAUUUAUCCAUAUCGUCAGGGUCAAGCGAUACUCGGCGAGACUGUAUCCGUUCAGGAGUUUUACGACUUGAUGAACGGUCUGUUGGUACUUCAGUACCUUAUGGAGAGGCAGAGGAUACCGAUAUUCGAGAGUGUGUCGGUUGCCCUUAAUUGUACGUCCAAGGUUCUACGCGAAGAGAUUAAAGUACAAGAUCUGCAUUCCGAAGAUGGCAUUAGAUCAGUCAGAAUUUCGCUCGGUCAACAUGGAAUGGACGCGGUUACGCUCAGAGACAUUUUUAAAUCUAUGGACAUUAAUGACAGCGGUAGCGUUAAUCUGGCUGAAGCUUGGCUGGCGUUGCAGUCGAACGUGAAAUGCAACGUGUCUGUUUCGGAUCUGCUGAAUGUGCUAAAUAAAUCGGAAAUCUAUAGGACAUCGAUAGACGAUGGAUUUCCAGUGAAGAAAGAUCCAAAGGAAUUACGGAUAAAUUUUGAACAGUUCUGUGCCCUAGCUACCGAAUCAGCAUGGAGGACGAAGAGCAACGGCGUUUCUUGUGAAAAUUGGACCAGUUCGAUCGUGGCAGAAUCUGAAAAGAGAGACUUGUAUGUUGGAGUAAUCGACAAAGACAAGUUCUGGUUAGAAACGUCCGCAACACCGUCCAUCGAGUCUAUGGGAAUGUCUUUAUACCGACCAAGCCUGAACGAGUACAAUAUAAAGGUUUUGCCGCAAGAAUUGCAGAAAAUGAAAAAUUCGCGAUUAAUAUUAUUGAUUGUGCCACAGCACUCUCGUGGUAUCGCUAUAAUGGCUUUGGCAGCUCAUCUGAUUGGACUGCGUGCAAAAUUAGUCUUGUGCGUUCAAACGCUUCCCGACGGUUGUGUAGUUUCCGGUGAAAAGUUAACCGAACAAGCCACAAAAGACUACAACCGGGGAAGAAUGUACCUGUCAGACUACGCGAGGCGCGAAGGUAAUGUUUUUCUGGCCCGUUAGGGAGCAAUGGCCACGCAGUCCGACGAUCCGUACCCGGAAAUCGUCAAUUCUACGGAUAGAAGAAAAACCGUUAAUUUCGGCAGUUUGUUGGCACGAUUUUUCACGAUUUACUGGAGAUCAUUCGUGCUCGUAUUAUGGCCGCUCAUUUUGUUGCCUAUCGUCACCGUCAUCCAAACCACCGAGCGUGCUUUCCUUCAUUGCCCAAUUGUUUUCGCGUUUACAAUAUUAAGUAUAUGUAUUCUUGAGUCUCUUUUCUAUUCUCGGUCAUGCUCUAUUCGGCUUGCUCCGAUUGAGCUGCAAACCGAAGGAAAACGUUUCGAUUCGAAACAGGUGACGGCGAUGCGGUGUCUGUAUGUCGUCGGUUUGAUGGCGAUGUUUUGGAUGACCGAGGUACUUCCCUUGCCGAUCACCGGUUUGAUUCCGAUCGUUCUUUAUCCGUUGAUGGGCAUAAUGAGCACCGGUGACACCUGCGCUUGCUAUAUGAACGAUACUACGAUGAUGUUUAUCGGUAGUAUGGUGAUAGCGAUCGUUAUCGAAAACUCUGGCCUUCAUAUGCGGAUGGCGUUGUUGAUCAUCAAAACGAUCGGAUGCAGUCAUCGUAGAUUAACACUGGGCUUGUUCUUCGUGACCAUGUUCCUGUCUAUGUGGAUUUCAAACACUGCAGCUACCGUGAUGAUGCUACCGAUCAUCGAGACCGUUCUAUUGGAACUCGAGGCGCAAGGCCUGGGUAAUAUGUUCGUUCAAGAGAGAUAUAGAAGCGACGAAGAAGACGGAGCAAUCGAAGAUUCGCUAAAAAAACCAACACGCACGACCAUGGUGUAUUAUCUCGUGGCUGCGUAUGCUUCUAGUCUCGGUGGCAUCGGUACAUUAGUCGGUACUGGAACCAAUUUAACGUUGAAAGGAUUCUUCGAAAAACGAUUUCCAAACAGUUCGGGCAUUAGCCUGACUUCGUGGAUGCUUUACUCGGUCCCGCCUAUGCUUCUAAUGGGAUUUCUCACUUGGGUAUGGCUUCAAGUAAUGUACAUGGGAAUGUUCCGACCUGGAAGCAAGGAUGCGAGUGCCAUCGAUAUCGGUCCGCACGGAGAGAAGGUCGCAGCGGCCGUAAUCGAGAAAAAGUACAAGGAACUUGGCCCGAUCACAUGGCACGAAUCGUCUGUUGGCGUUCUUUUCCUUGCGGUUGUCUUACUUUGGUUCUUCAGAAGUCCCGGAUUUACUCGUGGUUGGCCAACCUACAUCACUAAUUUGCAAGUCAAAGAUUCGACGGCGGCCACCUGCGUUACCAUUCUGUUCUUCGUAUUACCGUCCAACCUCGACUUCCUUCGAUCGUUCGACGCGAAUCCCGCUAAUCGACCAACCAAACCAUCGGCCGGCAUGAUCACUUGGAAGAUGAUACAUCAAAAAAUGCAUUGGAGUUUGAUCCUGGUAUUGGGCGGUGGAUUCGCCAUCUCGGCUGGCAGUACUACUUCAAAACUUUCUUCCAUUCUAGGCCACGCUCUGAUCGCAUUGCAAUCGAUCGAUCCUCUCGCAAUACUGUUCAUCGUCUGCGCGUUCGCGGAAACUGUAACGGAAUUAACAUCUAAUGUCGCAGUCGCGAAUAUCAUUCUACCAGUUUUGGCGGAAAUGUGCAUUGCGAUGAGAAUACAUCCUUUAUAUCUGAUGCUGCCGGCCUCUCUUUGUUGUUCCUUCUCGUUUCAUUUGCCAGUGGGUACACCGCCAAACGCGAUCGCCACUGCAGCGGCACAUAUAAAAACUAGAGAUUUUGCGAUAGCCGGAGUAGGACCGAGCGUUAUCACGCUUCUCGUUACAACACUCACAUUUUCCACUUGGGGCACUUAUGUCUUUAAUCUAUCCGAGUUCCCCGAUUGGGCAAUUUAAACCUUUUAUAAUUCCGCGUGUCGCGUUCAACGCAUUCUUCUCCAUUUGAAACGAUUUCGAAUCACCUCUUCCU